CCAUUUCCAUGGAAAACGAUAAUAUUACUCAUAGAGAAAGAGCGCAAAGAUCAAACCGCCCGCCACCCUUUUCAAACCAUCCUCCCUCCAACCGCCUCAAUUUCUUCAGGUGCACGCCUCUCUUCUGUGUCUAUAUGGGAAUCAUGUUUCCAUGAUAAAUGGGUAAUGUUACGCCUUUUAGGCUUUCAUUUCCUCCCUUUCUGUUAUCUUAUUUCGUUUUUGUCCCCUUGUUUUUGUCUGGUCAGAUUUGGAGUGGAGGUCGAGUGUAACUGGAAUUUGUUUGUGCGGUUCAUUUUGUAAAUUGUUAUUGAUUCAUCGAAAUGUUAUGUUCCGAAAGAAAAAUGUAAAUACGUAAUUGCUUUGAUAGGAGUUUCGAUUUCUAACUGGGUUUUUGGAGGAAGGAUGUGAAACUAGGUCGGCAAACGCAAAAUGGAUCAAUUUUCCAAUUAUGUGCAUAGUCCUGCUCAUUUAGCGGUGGCGAAACGAGAUCAUGCUGCUUUGGAGGAGAUCGUGUCAUCCUUGCCUCGGCUUGCCAAGGCCGGGGCGGUAAAUAACGAAGCAGAGUCUCUGGCCGCUGAGAACGACGCCGACAUAGUCUCCGCCGUAAUCGACCGGCGGGAUGUCCACGGCCGCGAGACUCCCUUACACCUCGCGGUUAAGAUGCGGGACCCGAUUUCAGCUGAGAUUCUGAUGUCAGCGGGCGCCGAUUGGAGUCUCCAGAACGACAAGGGAUGGAGUGCCCUACAGGAGGCCGUGUGCUUACGGGAGGAGAACAUUGCUAAGAUCAUUGCAAGGCAUUACCAGCCUCUAGCUUGGGCCAAGUGGUGCCGUCGCCUCCCUCGGAUAGUAGCUUCUGCUUCCAGGAUCCGCGAUUUCUACAUGGAGAUAACUUUCCAUUUCGAGAGCUCUGUUUUGCCCUUCAUUGGAAAAAUUGCACCCUCAGACACCUACCGGAUAUGGAAACGGGGAGCUAAUCUCCGUGCGGACAUGACACUCGCCGGAUUUGACAGCUUCCACAUCCAACGCUCUGACCAAACCUUUCUCUUCCUAGGGAAGGGGUAUGAUGGGAAUAUUUGUUCAAAUGAUGAGAAUGGGAAGAUCAUUUCCAGUUUGCCCCCAGGAUCAUUGAUACUACUGUCCCAUCCUGAGAAAGAGAUAACAAAUGCCUUGGAAGGGGCGGGAGUGGAACCAACUGAAGCGGAAGUUUGCCGUGAAGUAAAGUUGAUGUGUAAGACGAAUAUGUACAGGCCAGGCAUAGACGUGACUCAGGCUGAACUCGUCCCGCAUAUGAAUUGGAUGAGACGACAUGAGAAGACGGAGAUGGUUGGCGUGUGGAAGGCUAGGGUUUAUGAUAUGCUCCAUGUUAUGGUUAGUGUGAAGUCACGGCGGGUCCCUGGUGCUGUGACGGAUGAAGAGCUUUUUACAGUGGAUGAGGGUGAAGAUGGCAUUGAGUGCGAUGUGUUGACGGAGGAGGAAAGGGUGCAGUUAGAAAAUGCACUUCGUGGGGAGAAUUCAGAUGAUCUUCUUGAGUAUGAGGAGGAGCCUAGUAAGGGCUGUAGUAAUAACAAAGAAAAGAAGAGUUGGUUAGGAUGGAAUAGUAAUAGUAAGAAGAAAAGCUCAAAGUACACUUGUCCUGAAGAUGAAAAACAAAGGAUAGGUAGUGAUAACAAGAAGAGCAAACAUGAUGAUAAAAGCAGCAAGAAGAAGAAGAAAAAAGGGCAGGCAUCAAGUGAGGGUAAGAAUGAGAGCGAGUAUAAAAAGGGGUUGAGACCUGUUUUGUGGUUGACGCCUGAUUUCCCAUUGAGAACAGAAGAGUUACUUCCCUUACUUGAUAUAUUAGCCAACAAGGUUAAAGCUGUAAGAAGAUUGAGGGAGCUCCUAACCACAAAGCUGCCACCUGGCACAUUUCCUGUCAAGGUGAUUAUAGAUCCUCUUUUUUUUUUAAUUUGCUUUUGCUUCAAUCUUAAAGUAAUGCUGCAUCUAUCUCAGAUUGCUGUCCCAAUAGUACCCACAAUCCGUGUAGUUGUUACCUUUACAAAGUUUGAGGAACUUCAGCCACUGGGAGAGUUCUCAACCCCGCCCUCAAGCCCCACACACUUCCAAGAUUCUGAACCCGCAGACUGGGAGGGACCAACCGUCUCAUGGGCUUCGUGGCUUAGAGGGGUGAGUCGGGAUGAGCAAUCUAGCAGUGUCAGUGAAAGCUGCAGUUCUCAAAACGAUAUUGACCCAUUCCAAAUCCCAUCUGAUUAUACCUGGGUUGACGCCAAUGAGAAGAAACGUAGGAGAAAAGCUGCUAAGAAAGCAAAGUUGAAGAAAAAUAAAAAGCACAGCGCUACAACUAGAUGCCCUGAUGGUGUGAAGGCCGAAGCGUGAAGUAUCACAAGAAAAUUUUGUUUCCCUUUAACAAGAAGAGAGGUAAAUUUCAUUUCCUGUCUGGUGAAGCGCAUUAUUUGGCUGAAAUGGCUAUGCCAAAUUUUCUUUAAAAGAGAAGUGUUUGAUAGCAUCUAUCUUUGCCUAAUAAGUCAAAACCUACUUGUUCUCCUCAUAAGCACACUACAAGGCAAAGGGUAAAGCCAAAGGAAGACAUAAAUAUCGGCUACAUUUUCUCAAGUUAUUGGUAAAUGCGUGUGUUAUUUGAUUUGCAGAAUAUGCUGACUCUACUCCUUUCAUAGUAAAAAUAGCCAAUUUUCACUUAUAAAAGGGGAUUGAAAAAGUACAUACAAGGCUUCUUGUACUCUUUUUUGAAGGAAGCUCAUGUAGCGCCGGUCCGCCGGAUACUUAAAACCUAAUAUAAAGAGCUUAUAAU